GAAAAUUGAGUCCGCCACUCAGGUUUCGAGCAAAGGCGGCGAGCGCGCUGUAGUCAUCCGAGACAGGUCGUCCGCCGUCGCCGGCAUUCGCGUUCAGUACGCGCGCACACCGGCCGCCUGGUACGCUUCCGCCCCGCACGCGCACCCCACGCCACAAGCGGUGUUCGUUUCGAGAGACUUCGUCGACGACGGCGAGACAACAAACAGAAGGAGAGCCGGGACCUCGCUCCUAACAGCAGCAGCAGCAGCCGACGAGCCAGUCAGUCAGUCAGCCAGCGAACCGGAAUCAUGAAGACGUCGUCGCAGCGACCAGUCUGCGUCAUCCCUUGGGCGCCCGCGAUCCUGUUUGCCGUGACAGCCAUUGGCGCGAUCUUCUCGGUCGAUGGCAGCGGCGCCGGCAAGUGCGUCAUGCGGGGCACCUGCGAUGCGGACGGCACCAGGGCGCCGUGCGUCUACGACGGCGAACCCAAGGCCAUCGAGAGUGCCGCCGCGCGCGAAGUCCUGGAGUCCGUGUGCGGCGACGUGCUGGGCAACGGGUCGCAGCCCGUUUGCUGCGACGCCAACCAGGCGGAGGACUUCGCCGAGAACCUCCAGUCGGCCAAGGCCAUCGGACUGGACAACUGCGCCGCCUGCAGCCGCAACUUCCGUACACUCAUGUGUCACAUGGUGUGCUCGCCGCGCCAGGCCGACUUCCUACAGCUGCUGGCGAGCGAGGUGAGCGAGGACAAGGAGAAGUACGUGGCCUCGCUGAACUACUACGUGACGCCCGCGUUCGUGCGAGGCAUGUUCGACUCGUGCAAGGACUCGCGCAGCAAGAUCCCCUCCAUUGGACUCUUCAACUUUAUGUGCGGUCGCUGGGGCGCUAACUGCACGGCCGAACGGUGGCUGGGUUUCCUCGGCGCGUCUCCCAGCGACGGAGGCCUAUCUCCCAUGAGUAUCAAGCACGUCCAGACGGACAAAGAACACAAGACACCCGAGGGAGCUGUCUUCAAGCCACUGUCAGUCGAGGCAUAUGCGUGCAACCAGGACAGGGGUUCCGUCAAAGCCUGUUCCUGCGAAAAUUGCAAGGCGGCUUGUGCAUAGUGCGGUACCUGCAUUCGCAAUUCCUCGUUGCUUCUCCUUCAUAAUCCAGUGAAGACGCAUUCAAGCCGCAUCGGUGGCUGAAAAUGCCGGCUUGUAGUUGAAGCCUGUGUGUGGGUGCGCGUGUGGUGGUCCAACUAAAUUCUCGAAUAACCAGGACUGUCCCCUUCAGCUUUGUAACUGAAGAAAUGAGGUAAAGCGCCGUGUGAAUUAAUAAAUCUUAUGGGACGGCAACCCCCAACAUAUUUUCGGAUAUAACUCGUUUGACGAUGAUUUAAUGCAAUGUCUUCAUUUCUGAAGAUAUUGCUUUGGAAGUGCUGUAGAAGUACCAAUUGCUCUAGAAGUGCCGUCUGUUCUCGAAGCAUUCGGUAAACGUCUUGAGCGUCGAUCUUACGUCAUUAUCUGCCUGCAUGCCGUGAGAUUCCUGUGGUGUCGCUUUCAGUGUUGUUUUUCCAAGUGAAUUCAGCACGAGUGGCCAUGGCGUAAUUGAGUGAAUCGUGCCUGUUUCGCGUGCUUUUCACUUUGUCAAGGUUUCUAUCGAAACGUUUGUUAGCAUAUUCACGUUUGUCCCCAAAACGCAAAUAAAUGCGAGCAAACAUAGAA